AUGAUCUUCUGGUCACUUUCAGGUCCAUGCAGAGUCACAAGUCCAGACAAUACAGAUUUUAAUCCCUACUCAUGGAAUGAGCAAGCCAACAUUUUCUUCAUAGACCAACCCAUCGGCGUCGGAUUCUCUUAUGCGGAGUAUGGCGAAGCGGUUAGUACGACAAAUGAAGCAGCCAAGGAUAUCGCGGCCUUCGUCGCCAUCUUUUUCGAGCAUUUCAGCAAGUUCAAGGGUCGGCCGUUCCACAUGGCCGGUGAAUCCUACGGGGGUCGCUACAUACCCGUAUUCGCGUCCGAAGUGUACGACCAGAAUUCCAAGCUGGUAGAGGCUGGGAUGUCUCCGAUCAAUUUGACCUCGAUAAUGAUAGGCAACGGCUGCACCGACUUUCCCUCCAUGACGGCGUCAUAUUAUGAUAUGCAAUGCAAGCCGAUUUCGGGCCAUCCUGUACAAGAUAUCAAUUCCUGCAUCCGGAUGAAGCAAGCAUUGCCGCGUUGCGAGAAGUGGUUGAAGAAGUCCUGCGAUGACCAGUUUGACAAAAUAAGCUGCGAGGCGGCUGACCUAUUUUGUGAGAUGGAGUUGUCAGAUCCGUAUUACGCCACAGGCUACAACCCGUACGACAUCAGCAAACUCUGUGAAGGUCCGAUUGAAGACACAUUAUGCUACCCAGUGACAAAGACAAUUGCCGCGUAUCUUGAUAAACCCAAGAUCCGCUCGCUCAUCGAUGUCGAUCCCUCACUCACGAGCAACUUCUCCGGCUGCAGUAACACCGUCGCUGUCGCGUUCUCGAUGACCGACGAUGCGUACUUCCCGACGCAGUACUAUAUCGCUGCUUUGCUCGAGCGUGGGAUCCGCGCGCUAGUAUACGCCGGUGCAAACGACUGGAUCUGUAACUGGGUUGGGAACGAUCGCAUGGCGUUAGCGCUGGAGUGGACAGGCCAGGAGGCAUUUGUCUCUCAGCCUUUGAGAGAAUGGAAGAUCGAUGGAGCAGUAGCUGGAUUGACGAGAAGCUCAGGGCCAUUCACCUUCCUCACUCUGGACGGAGCGGGGCAUAUGGUUCCGUAUGACAAGCCGAAGCAAGCUUUGGAGAUGCUCAAGCGGUGGCUGGCACAGGAGGAGAUGUAG